UAUCGUCAUCAACGUAACUUGGUUGAGAAGGAGCAACAACGAUGUCAAGGAUUGGAGACGAGGUUGAGGUCUGCAAAGGGACCGAUGUUGAGGUUUGCAAGACCUAAACCAAGGCCAGAUGGGAGACAAGGGGAUGGGAGAGCGUCACGUGGAUCCCAUGAACCCCUCGUUGGCUCGGCCUACGCGAUGAUGAAAACACAUAGGUGUGGAGUGACCUGGCUCCAGCAGUGCCGCAACGGCCCAUGUGACCCAUGGACGCCACAUCCGGGGUGGUAAGAGGCGAUCUGGUGGCACAGGGAACUUGGUUGCAUCAUCCCGGCCUUAGGCGACCAAGAUUCAAAUCACGUCUGUUGCGCAAACCUGAGUCAGGUUGCCUCUCUUGCUCGACCCGGUGGCGGGUGAUGGCGACGCGCCACCACAUCUCAAGGUCAUCAUUGGUUGUCGGACGGACUGCAUGCAGGCCCUUGGCGCUGGCUCUUUUCCAAAGCCCAACUUCGUUGAAGAUUGUUGUGGCCAAGGUGUGGACCGAAGGCUGGGCUUUGUCGAACACACACGAGUUUCAGUGCUUCCAGAUCAUCCACGGCGUCAGCAAGGGAAGCAUGGGGGAAGUGGAGCUAGGCCUCCUCCCCACCCCCCAGUCUUCUACUACCUCGACUACCCCAGUGGCUCUCGUCGUUGUGCUAUGGCGGCGAGUUCGCCGUGUUGCAUCCGUCUUAGCUGUGGUCUUCUUCUACACCUCGUUGUUUUAG